AUGUUGGGACAGGUGGACUUGGGCUUUGGAGGGAGCAGGGAACCUCAGAAGCCAGGAUUUAGGAACGGGCUGGGAGUCCUGCCAGGCCCCCCAGCUCAGAACGGCUAUGGAGCAGGCAUUGGAGGUGUGAAAACCCAGAAGCCAGGCUUGGGAGGGGGCGUGAAAGCCCUGAAGCCCGGUGAGCGGAGCCCCCGUUCCCCUGCACCCGCCGUGGCCGCCCUCCCUGCCCAGGCGGGCGUCUCUCCGCUCCCGGACUCAGUGGGAGUCGGCGGGGAGCGUUGGGGCGCUGCGGCUCAGAACGGCUUUGGACCAGGCUUUGGAGGGGUCCUGCAGCCCCAGGGGCCAGGAUUUGGGAUCCAGAACGGGCUGGGAGCGCAGCCAGGCCCCCCAGCUCAGAAUGGCUAUGGAGCAGGCUUUGGAGGGGGCCUGAAACCCCAGAAGCCAGGAUUUGGGAUCAGGAACGGGCUGCCAGGAUACGGUAACGGAAAUGGGCCAGGAGCCCCAGCAGGCCCUGCAGCUCAGAAUGGCUUUGGAGCAGGCUUUGGAGGGGUCCUGCAGCCCCAGGGGCCAGGAUUCGGGAUCCAGAACGGGCUGGGAGCGCAGCCAGGCCCCCCAGCUCAGAAUGGCUACAGAGCAGGCUUUGGAGGGGGCCUGAAACCCCAGAAGCCAGGAUUCGGGAUCAGGGACGGGCUGGGAGCCCAGCCAGGCCUGGCAGGGGGCACAAAGCCACAGAAGCCAGGUCUCUGCAAUGGGAGGGUUCCCCUGCUGCUCCUCCCCAGGCCGCCCACUCCAGGGGUCCCUUCGGAGAAAGAGGGUGGCUGGCGCCCCAAAUCCCAGCCCCCUCCCCCAGGGCAGAAUGGCAAGCUUCCAGGUUUUGGUUACGGGAAUGGUGGUCCGGGAGCUGGGGUCUUUCCCAAGGCCCGCCUGCAGCCAGGUUUCCCAGGGGCAAGUGGCUUUAGGGAUGGGUACGGGGAGGAGGCUAUUGUGUACCCCAAAGUGGCAGCUCCAGCCCCUGAAGGAAAUGGUCAGGCCACGGCUCUGCAGGGCUCCCCCUGGCCCUCCCUCCAGCCCUGGGGGGCUGCCUUGAAGCCUGGAUAUGGGGCCAGGGGCAUGGAUCCAGGGCUCAGGGGCCAGCCAGGGGGGCCCGAGGUGAAGAGAGGCCGCCAGGGCCUGCUGGGAAACGGCUACGGAGGUCGCUGUCCUCUUGGGAAAUGCUGAGCCCGGGAGCUGCCCGCCCCCAGCCCGGGACCCUCCGCGUCCAAGGCUGAGCUGCCUGGGGGAAGGCUGGACCCUCGGGGCUUCGGCCUCCGGUGCUGCCGGGUCUGAGUCUCCUGGGGGGGCUGGAAAUUUUA